GUCAGCCAAUCACAUCGUCGGAUUAUCUCAAGACGUCUCCUAUUGGCUGACAGCUGGCUGGUGCUCUGUUGUUCAGUACAAAUUGGAGGAAACUAAAUCGGCAAAACCCCGUGGAUAACUUGUCGAUAAUUUGAUCCAAAAUAUUUUUAGUCGACGUAUAAGAAGUAUAUUUGUGACAGUUGAAUGCAGGGGUGAGGUCGGUUGUGAAAACAAGCCGUUCUUUAGAAGUAAACUAUGCUAGCCCCGCAAGCUAACUAGCCACCGAGUCGUCGCCUCCUCUUCAUGGGUUUCUUCUGCUGAGCCUGCCGGGCUUGUUCAAGAGCAACGAGGCAAACUAUUUAUGCCAUCAGCCAGGAACUCGGACUGUAUCAUGAGUGGGACGAGCUGCAAAGCGAACGGAGCUGUGUACCCGGCCUCAUCAACAAUGAUGAGCUCCCUGAAGAAGCCGAAGAUGGAGCAAAUUCAGGCCGACCACGAGCUCUUCCUGCAGGCGUUUGAAAAACCAACUCAGAUUUACAGAUUUCUUCGCACAAGGAACUUGAUUGCACCUAUAUUUUUGCACAGAACGCUUACUUUUAUGUCCCAUAGAAAUGGCCGAACAAACACCCGCAGGAAAACAUUCAAAGUGGAUGAUAUGCUACAAACAGUUGAGAGGAUGAAAGUAGAACAGGAUUCGCCAAGUUUGUCUUCACACCUGCAGCUAACAUUUACUGGGUUCUUCCAUAAGGAUGAAAAGCCAUCCCAGAAUUCAGAAAAUGAACAAACUUCUGUGUCCUUAGAGGUGCUACUUGUCAAAGUCUGCCAUAAAAAACGCAAGGAUGUCAGCUGUCCUAUUAAGCAAGUGCCUACAGGUAAAAAGCAGGUGCCUUUGAAUCCUGACAGUAACCAAACCAAGCCCGGCUCCUGCCCGUCCUUAUUGGUCUCCAGCAACGAGUUUGAGCCCAGCAACAGCCACACGGUGAAGUCCUAUUCGCUGCUCUUCAGGGUGUCGCGCACGGGGAGACGAGAAGCCAACGGUCUGGUUUAUGGAGAAACUAAUGAGAAUAUUGAUAUUACAGAGACUCCAAGUAGAAAGAAGAGGAGUUCGUCUCAUAGAGAGGAAGGAGAAACAAUAGAGACUUACGUAGCACAGAUGACUGUCUUUGAUAAGAACAGAAGACUGCAGCUUCUAGACGGUGAGUAUGAGGUUUCAAUGCAAGGCAUGGAGGACAGUCCUGUGAGCAAGAAGAGAGCCACAUGGGAAACCAUUCUUGACGGGAAGAGAGUACCACCAUUUGAGACCUUUUCUCAGGGACCCACAUUACAGUUCACGCUGCGCUGGACUUCAGAUUCCAGCGGAAAGUCCACCGCCCCCGUGGCCAAGCCGCUCUCCACUCGCAACUCGUGCAGCACCAGCCCCAUGGAGACCAGGACCAGCCACCACCGAGCUGCCCUCAUGGCGCUGAAGGAGUCGGUCAGCGCCGACAUUCAGAUGAAGAAAGAGCUGGUGCCCUGUGAGCCCCGGCAGAAGAUACGGAUAUUUUAUCAGUUCCUGUACAAUAACAACACACGGCAGCAGACGGAGGCGAGAGAUGACCUCCACUGUCCGUGGUGUACUCUGAACUGCAGCAAGCUCUACAGUCUGAUCAAACACCUCAAACUCUCCCACUCCCGCUUCAUCUUUAACUAUGUGCCUCAUCCCAAAGGUGCUCGGAUAGACGUGUCCAUCAACGAGUGCUACGACGGCUCGUACGUCGGCAACCCUCAGGACAUCCACAGUCAGCCGGGCUUUGCUUUCAGCCGCAAUGGUCCGGUAAAGAGAACUGCUGUCACUCACAUUCUGGUUUCCAGACCCAAGAGGACCAAACCGAGUCUUUCAGAGUUCCUGGAGUCUGAGGACGGAGAGUUGGAGCAGCAGAGGACGUACGUAAGCGGACACAACCGCCUGUACUUCCACAGCGACAGCUGCAUGCCUCUGCGGCCCCAAGAGAUGGAGGUGGACAGCGAGGACGAGAGAGAUCCAGAGUGGCUCAGAGAAAAGACUUCCAUGCAACUUGAUGAAUUUACUGAUGUCAAUGAAGGAGAGAAGGAGGUGAUGAAGCUGUGGAACCUCCAUGUGAUGAAGCAUGGCUUCAUAGCAGACAACCAGAUGAACCAGGCGAUCAUGCUUUUCGUGGAAAACCGCGGCGCUUACAUCAUCCGCCGCAACCUCUGCCGCAACUUCCUCCUGCACCUGGUGAGCAUGCACGACUUCAACUUGGUGAGCACCGCCACCAUCGACCGCGCAAUGGCGCGCCUGCAGCAGAUCCAGGAGGAGCUGCCGGACGUGGAGGCGCCGGAGGACCGGGCGAUGGGAGCGGCGGUGGCCUGCAACGGCGGCGCCGCUCCUUCCGGCGGGGGGUCGCAAGGAAAGAGGACAAAAAGUGUGCUAACAGACUGAUGGAAGCCACCAGGAAGGAAUGAUUAAUGUAACAAACAUUACCAGCCUUCUGUUGAUGAGGAAAGCGUUGGACCUGACGCAAACCAGUGUUCAAGGUAAACACGUUUUUGAGACUCAAAAACUGAACCAAAUACAAACUACUUUAGAGUAACUCACCCACAUCGUCUCAAAUCAGGACUGAAAGAUGCAGGUGGAUCCUACUAAUAAUGUGCAUUCUUGCUGGAGCCUCCGGUUCAUUCUGUGACCUUUUGUGGCGGCACAGCUGCCCUCCGUAUGCUGGAAUAAUGGACAUCCGUGUAAAGACUACAGUUAAAACUGUACUCCAAACGUCACAGCUGAUUGUUGUGCACACACAAAAUAAGCAUCGUUGAAAGCGGAUCUUUUUAGCUCGUUAUUUUUUGGCACUUGCCCUUUUGUAUUUUUUAAAUUUCCAUUAAAAAAAAAAAAGAAUAGUAUUGACAAUAUUCUUUACAUCAGAGGAGCAUCAUUUGUUUCUCUGAUAUAAAUAAUAUUAACGUGCACAACUUGAAGAACUUCACAGGAACAUCUACAGCUAAUCAUGUUUAAUUUCGUUAAGGAUUUAUCAGUGCUGGUAAAUUAUGAACCUAGUUUUAGCUAACACCUUCAGAUUAGAAUUCCUGCCGUUACAGGUCAUUAAAAGAUAAAUAAAUCAAGUUUUUCUGACAACAACAGCACAUGGAGAGAUUGACCAUAAUGAGAUGUAUGGAAUUUCUUUAUGCCGUCACAAAAAGUGUUUUCCUUUCCUUCAUUUUUGUCAGGAGAGUACCAAUAGCUGACAGAAAUGUGUACACAUGUAAUUACAUAACACGUUUAGCUCCUCUAAAUCUAGAAAUCAACUGUUUUCGGUUCUUCCCUUAAAGCAAUAGGUGCUUGGCUCAUCCACAUGCAAUGUCUGUCUCUGUUUUUGUUUUUUUAGGUGCAGUUUAAGCCAAAGUCAAAUACUUUCACCCAUCUUAGUUUGAGUCUUUCAUUUUCAUUCCAUAACAAGAUUGUUUGUUCAUAUUAAACUGUAGUUGUUUUUAUUGUGCACACAUGAAUUGGUGAUUAACAAUGUUUGUCGUUGAAGAUUUGCUUUGUGGACAACCAAAAUUACAGAGGUGUUUUGUUUUUUCUCUCUUCUCACUGUCAGUUAAGAGUGACAUAUUCAACAUUUUUGUCAUGAAUUGUGAAUUGAACACUCUGGCUAAAGGGUAUUUUAUAUUUAAAUAAAAUACGUUUGCCCUUAUGA